AUUCACUUUCACAUAGUUGAGAGACCUUCUGCUGCACUUCAAAGAUACCCAAAGAUACAACGCAACUUUUCGACACAUUCUGGAAUCAGUUUCAAGAUGAAUUUGGCACUGGGGACACUGCUGCUGCUCAGCUUUCUUUGGGUAGAGACUGAGAGCAGACGCACUUGGAGCAAGCAGGGACCGCUCUACGAGUCCACGAAGCAGCUGAUAGCCGGGGAAAGCUUUCGGGCCGAGCAGCUCUGGAAUGACACGCACCAGGCGAUCUAUGCGUAUGCCGAGCAACUGCAGCAGGCAAAGGACACCCUGGACACGCAGCAGCAGCAAGUUAGCGAGAGGCUGGAAAACUUCUUUGACCACCAAAACACUGUGGAGUGGGGCGCCUGCUUCAAGCAACACGAGCGAGAGGUGGCACGUUUCAAUCGGCAACUGAUUGACACAUACAGCGUCUGCCGUCAGUCUCUGGACACCGUCAUGGAGCACUUCGAGCAGGAGGUGGUGCAGGAGGCCAGCUUCCUGAAUGUGGCCGCACAAAGGAUCGCGGAUCUAUCGCAGAGCUGUCAGGUGUGGCAGCUGAAGCAAUCCAACUUCAACCAUGCCGGCGUGCUGCUAUGCACUGUGGCCGGCAUUGGUGGCAUCAAUCAGCGCCUGGCCUCCAGUCUGGAGCUAUGCUGGGACAUUCUGCUGGAGCUGUCGCUGGAGGAGCAGAACACAGCAGGAUCCAGUCCCAGUUGCAGCGCCUACUACCUGCUGAAAAUGCAAUUCGAUGAGAUCUUUGCGGAAAUUAAGUCUUGUGUUAGAGAGUGAGACAAUAAACGGAGCAGCAGAGAGCCCUCA